UUGUGUUUUGUCACACCUUGUGUUGCACCAGCUCCCGAGCUGUUCCAAACCUUUGAGGGGUCCCACCCGGGCUACUCCUUCUCCGUCGACUGGUGGUCGCUCGGCAUCACGGCGUACGAGCUGCUCAGGGGACAGAGACCAUAUGUGAUGAGAUCCUGCACACCUGCCAAUGAGAUCCUGCAGACCUUCCACAAGGUCCAUCCCAGCUACCCGGCGGCCUGGUCUUUGGAGAUGAAGUCUCUACUCAGAAAGCUGCUGUGCAUAAAUGUCCAGAAGCGCGUCUCGUGUCUAGCAGAGCUUCAGGAUCUGGACUACAUGUCCCCCGUCAACUGGGACGCCGUGCUCAGCAAACAGCUCCCGCCCGGCUUCAUCCCCAACAGGCGGAGACUAAACUGCGACCCCACAUUUGAGCUGGAGGAAAUGAUCCUGGAGUCCAAACCACUUCACAAGAAGAAGAAAAGGCUCGCCAGGAAAAACAAGGAGCAGGGAUCUGAUGGGUCUCCACAGGUAAAAAAAAAAAACCUUUAAAAAAAUGAAUAACUCAUUGAUCGACCAACCCUUCAGAAGUGCCUCUCCCCUCUGUGUCGAGUCUCAUUGUUCAUCGAAGAAAAACGACAGACGGUUCCAUCUGGCUUAUUUAAAAGGAGACACAUUUCCCCCUCAGUUUGUCUAUUAAAUGUGUCCACUGGGCUAUUGAGAAUAUUGAGGGCACAUUUUUAGAGCUGUCUCCUCCCUCACCUUGAGCAGAAUAAAUCGUCCGUCUGUCCGGUGAGUGCAUCGGGGGAAGGCGAAGAGAAAGCAAUCACCUACAGCUCCGGCUCUGGCUCCAUUAUUUUAGUCUUGACGAUCCAUCUCCAUAAAUCGGCUCUCGUCCUCUGGGUGUUCAUAAAAGACGGAGAGGAAAUCACUGAAGGGUUCAUUUGAUCAGCUGGUCAAGUGAGUCGCGGGAGGAUCUUCCUUCAUUACAGCUGACUACGCCGCUGUUUUUGGACCACGCUUUACUUUCAUAUUACUUCGUAUCAUUUAUGAAGACAGUAUUGUAGUGGGACAUCACGUAGUAUUUGACCCGUUUUUCUGCUGUGUCGGCCUAGAGGUCAAAGAGCAAGUAGAGCGGCGUGGGAGAGAUACUGUGAACCGUAGAACAAUGCUGAUUUUAUGGGAACCACCUUUAAAACCACCUGUAAGGUGUGUUUAUCUACAUAAAUGCAUUUAUUGUACUGACUAAACUACAACAUUGUAUUUCUAUGAUUCUCUCCAUUUUCCUUUUACUGGAGCUCAUGGUUUAAUUCAUGUGCUCUUACCAGUAAUCAUACGGGUUGGGUCUGCUGUGUCUGGUCACAGUCCAACAAUAACUCACCCUAGCUAACCUAGCUUAUUACGCACACACACACACACACACACAACCAAUGUCAUUACAAGGUUAAUAGGUUUGGACUGUCUCCCACUAUUCGGCACAUUUUAUGGUGACUCUUUUCUAAUAGGAGAGACACCGUUUGUUGGCUCCGGAGUCUGCAGCUCAUACUUAAAAUAAGAAGUCAGCGCUUGUCCAAAGUGCGCCAUGUUUAGUGAGAGCUGACGGCUGCUUUUGGAGACCCGUGCAUGUAUCAGCACUAUCUCCACUGUGCACA